AUGACGCUUAUGUUUCAUGUUCGUGGAAUCCCACAAGAAAAAGAUCAAAACUUCGUAGAAACGAUUUGCAGUAACACCCCGAGUUAUCAACUAUGCAUAUCUACUCUUAGAGCAGAUCAUACAAGUAUCAAAGAAGAUGCAUCAGGUCUUGGUCUUAUAAUGGUGGUAGCUAUGAAAGCCAAGGCCAAAGAAAUGAUGAAAGCCAUUAAAAAACUCAGGGCUUUCAGACCCAACCUCAAAGAUGUGUGGGAGGUUUUGAGAUGGGAUCCUAAGGUUGCUGCAAAUAACAUUGCAGAUUCAUCUAUGCAAGCUGGUGUAUGCAAGAGCAAUUUGAACGAGGUUAAAUCGUCGUUAACAGGACUUAACGAUGCAAUGUAUGAUCUCUGUGAAGUUGCUAAAGCCAUUAUCAUAAAUUUACUCUGA